AUGUCAAAUCAUCUUCCAAGAGUAUUUAAAAAUCCAAAAUCACUUCCAGCUCACCUAAUGUGCACCAUUUGCAAUGAAAUUUUCACAGACCCUACCCGAGUUUCCUGUGGGCAUACUUUUUGUUCUCACUGCAUUCUGCAAUGGAUUAAAAAGUCUUCAACCUGCCCCAACUAGGUACAUGUCCAACGAUCGUGUAUUUUUGAUAGUGAGCACUUCACUGAAGCACAUUUGGUCGAAAAUUGGUUGAAACUUUUUAAUAGUGAGAUAUUUGACUACAAAAAACCGUUAAAUUUCGACCAAAUUUACUUCGAUGGAAUGUACACUAUCAAAAAUUUACUGUCAUUUAGCAUGGAGCCGCCCUAACUGCAGAGCAAAUAUCGAUAAAAAAGGAACAGGCAAAGAUCUUAUUGCAGCAGCAGAUAUAAAUUUAUUAACGGUAGUUUGCAGCAACCAAGGAUGCUCCUGAUUUGGCGCUUUGGAAAUUUUAGAGUCACAUCAUAAAGAGUGCCCUUUCCACCCUGAAAGGCUUGAUCCUUGGUUUUUAGAGCAGCUGCAAAGAGAUGGAGGAACUAAAAACGAUAAUGCGACUCCUACAGUACGAUUAAUAUCUUGGCUUUAUCAAAAAAAUGCUGCUGCUCUUAAAGACAUGUUUAGCAAUGAUGAUAAAGAAUAUAGCAGUAUCUUUGAAAUCCAAGAAGAAAAUACAAAGCAAAAGAAAAAUGCGAAAAGGAAGCAAGAAAUUAAAAACGAAAAUUGUAAAAAAUUCCUCAACAGUAAAAAAUAG